GCAGAUUCCAAACCAUCAGUAGGCGACGGCUCCAGUCGAGCCUGGUGUUUUGAAUCGAUCGGUACCGCUUGUGCCACUCUGGUGUGUCGUCCUGGCAGUAUUUUUUCGCAAGGCGCGGGACAUUAUCACUGGUGCUCGGUUUCCUUGUCGUUCGGUAGUGAAUUGUGUGCGUGUCCCAGCAGAGCGCAACAAUAGCAACAGUGUGUUUUUAAAAGAUAGUGCUAAGACUAAGGAACAAACGUUUUACACACACAAAGCAAUACAUCGGCUGCGCUGAAUUCUAGUGCUUGAAAAUGUUUUCCUGUUGCCGUUGUGUGAAUCCCAAAUCUCCAAAACAGAAAGAAAAAUCGGCUAAAUUGUCCGACUCGGAAGAGGAGGAGGAGCGGGAGCAGCAGUCGAAGAAGCAGAACGAAACGAAUGCGAGUGCCUGUAAAAUUUCGGCUGUGGACAACCUCUCACAAGAUGAUGAGGAAAUCAAGAUAGAAAUAAUUGAAAGCUCCGAUAAUCUACAAUCGUAUUCGGGGUGCUCGGCAGCGACCACGGCCGUGCUGAAUGGUUCCUCGCCAGAGCCGAAGGAAAACGAAAACCAUGAGUCCGAUACGCAGCGUGCGAAUUCGGCACUCUCUUCCCCGGAAGACACCCCCCGUGAACCGUGCACCGUUAACGACGUGAUUGAAGAAUCCAAUCUAUCAAAUCCUGUUGAUAGCGACGAAAAAGCAACGGAAGAGAAUAAUGCUGCUGAUAGUGUGCCAGCCGGUACAGCCGGUUCGGCCUCAUCGUCACCAGCUAGCAAAACACUGUCCAAUACGGACCGAGGUCAAACGGAUCAAUCGGGCCCAUCAUCGGGAGUGGUUACCGAAAUUGAGGCUAAACUUCCAACCAACGAGUCCACCGACGCCGAUUCGACCGGAGAUGCCACCAACACUCCACAGGAAAUUCCUACCACCGUUGAGGAGCUGGGUGAACAGCAACAGCAGCAAAAGGAUUCACCCCCAGCCGGGGAUGUAGAUCCGGCUCAUAAACAGGAUGCAACACCGCCGUGUCACUCGCCAGAGGAAGGUACACAAUCUGCAAAUGAAAAUCUAACGGUACAAGCACCUAAAUCGCCUAAUCAUGUACCAUCGCGACAAAACUCGAACGAGCUGUGCACCACUUCUGCUCCUCCUUCUCCUCCGCACGAUGGUGAGGAUUUAUCGGGUUCUUUAGAUGAAAAUUCUAGCGUGAAGCAACUGGAGCCAGUUCACCAGCAGGAGCAGCAGCAGCAGCAAUCGGAGAAGCAACCGCAAGUUGAUGAAAUUGGAACACGAGCUUUAAUCGAAGAGCGAUCAGUUCAGAACGAGACGGUUAUGUCAGACGCACCAGAAGAAAAACAAUUACAACCGGAAGAGAAAAUCAUCCAAGAUCGUACAAAUAAUUCAUCAAACGCCUCUUCGCUAAUCAAUGAAUCUGACACUGCCAAUGUCCCGAAAAUGGAACCGUUUACCGAACCAUUACGACCAUCUCCACCAUCAACUUCCGAAGAAAUAGUUGAGCUUGAUGAUGAGAAGCAAACUGUAUCAUGCGUAGCAUCUAAGAUAGAACGCCUUAAAAGUGAGCCAAGCAAUAGCGAAGAAACAAUUGAGGAGACAAUCGACGUGAAACGUUUCUUACCACGCCAGUACGAUGAUAGCAAGAGUGAUGACGAUAAUAAUCCCCUCAGUAGCUCUAGUGAUGAAGGCAACGAUGGAGCUGUAAUUAUUCCUGCUCCAACCGAUGACAAUGCACCGGAAAUUAUCAGUAGCGCGGACAAUCGGCGAGAAAGUCCGCCUGUCGUGGAAGAUAAACCCACCAAACCUUCGGAGGAAGAUGUAGGAGGUGCAGAAUCAGUGACGCCGUCACCUCCAGACGAGCUGAUAGAACCCGUCGGUUCGCCGGAGAACGAAGGCGAAGAUGAUUGCGAAGAGACGACAAAUGUGGUCAGCAACAACAAUGAUCAGGUUUCAAAAAAUUCCAGCGAAGAGCGCGAAUCAAACAACGACGACACAUCGACACUGUCGGAAUCGGUCCCUAACACGGCCACCAACGGUGGCAGUCCUUCCGGUAUCGAAGGCGACAACAGCAGCAGCCGCAAGGAGUCGGUCAACAGCGACGACACUACUAUACGAACGCAGGUUUCGUUUCGCGAGAGUUGCCUCUCGCGGCGAUCGUCCUCGAAGUCAUCGAUCAAAAAGAAGGUAGCCUAUAACGAUAGCACGGAGGUGAUUCCGCCGCCCGAAUAUCCACCACCGGAAGAUGAUGAUUCCGUAUUUUCGGACUCGGUGCCACCGAAAUUACCGCGCGGUGAUAUGUGCACGCCGUACGCCACCAAGCGAGGCUCACUGCCGGGCAUGAUAGCCCUUCCGGACUGGUUUGCCGAGGAUCGAUUGAUGAUGGAGGAGGGUGGCAUUAUGGAGCCACCCACUACGCCCAUAGGACGCGAUGAGCUGGCAUUACGCAGGCAUCGGUUUUUCUCGGAACUGCUCAAUGCUGCCCAUGCUGCCGUGGAGCAUCGUGUGCGUUUUGAUCCGCUGGGACCAGAAGUUGCCAAGGUUCCGACGGAGGAGGAAUCGGAGGAUUGUGAUCCCGACCUCAAACCUUCGUCAGCCCGUGAGCUAGAGUGCUUGAUCGAUCGUCUGGAGCGUAUUGUCGAUCGGCUUGAACGUACCGUAUCUGCGCGUGAGUUGGAAGAAACGAGACGCAUACUGAAAGACGCGUGUGCUGUUGGCAAGGCGGUCAUUCGUUCCAACACCACGGUAGAGGACACUGAUCCGAGCGCUGACGAUUUACCGACUGUUCUGCCCUCGACCCCACCACCGUCGGCCUCGUAUUUGCAUCAGAAAGUAGACAGUUUGGAAAGCACCUUGUUUCCCGCGUUGACCGAUCAACCGCAAAAGGGUCGCCAGCAUAAUACAACCACUGUAAUACAAUCUAAACCAUCUGCUUUAUUAAACCAUACUAAUCCAUUGACCAUCCAAGAGCAAGGCACCGCAGUAUUGUCAUUAUCCUCCUCGCAGCACGGCACCGUAGGAGGGACAACGAGCAAGAUGAGUAUUAACGCUUACGAGGAUAUUAUGCUCGGCUCAUUCGCCAACUUUAUUGCACUUUCGAACAAAAUCGGAGGCGACGUAGCCACCCAAGCGCAAUUCGUGAAGGAAGCUUUCGAUGCUCAGUUUGCGUUCCUGAAGGUGGCAUCCGCCUCGAGUGCACCAUCGAAUACGGAUUUACAGAAUUUGCUGAAACCUACCUCGGAUAAGAUUUCGACUAUCCAAAGCUAUCGCGAAAAGAAUCGAACCUCCCCGUUCUUUAACCAUCUGUCCGCGAUUAGCGAAAGUAUUCCGGCGCUCGGAUGGGUCUGUGUGGCCCCCACACCAGGGCCGUACGUGAAAGAGAUGAACGAUGCCGGUCAGUUCUACACUAACCGUGUCCUUAAAGAUUGGAAAGAGAAGGACAGCACCCAUGUGGAGUGGGCUCGCGCCUGGAUUCAAACGCUGACCGAACUGCAGCAAUACAUCAAGCAGCACCACACGACUGGCCUGGUAUGGUCCGGAAAGGACAAACCAACGGUUGGCGGUGCCUCGGUCCCACCUCCACCACCGCCCGGUGGUUUGCCGCCCCCACCGCCGAUGAUGCCAUUAGGCGAUCUGUCGGCGGACGGCUCUGGAGACGAUCGGAGCGCUCUGUUUGCUCAGAUCAAUCAGGGUGCUGAUAUUACGAAGGGCUUGAAGAAGGUAACGGCCGACAUGCAAACGCACAAAAACCCUUCCCUCCGCUCGGGUCCGGCACCGUACAAGGCACCGGCCGGUGUGACCAACGGUACAAAAUCGGUAGCCCCACCCGCCGCAGCAGCUGUCGCCAAACCGCCGACCUUCACGCGCGACGGCAAGAAAUGGCUGAUCGAGUAUCAGAAAAACAACCCCGACCUUGUGGUGGAGAAUGCCGAGAUGAACAACGUGGUGUACAUGUUCCGCUGCGAAGGUUCGACCCUGCAGAUCAAGGGCAAAAUCAACAGCGUCGUGAUGGAUUCGUGCAAGAAGUGUUCCCUUGUGUUUGAUUCGCUCGUGGCGUCGGCUGAAUUCGUCAACUGCCAGAGCGUCCAGAUGCAGGUCCUCGGUAAAGUACCAACGAUUUCCAUUGACAAGACUGAUGGCUGUCAGAUGUACCUUUCGGCGGAUUCGCUUGCCGUCGAGAUCGUCAGCUCUAAAUCGUCCGAAAUGAACGUGAUGAUUCCGAAGGGCAGUAGCGGAGAUUAUACCGAGCAACCGAUUCCGGAACAAUUCAAAACCAUUGUUAAGGGCAGUUCUCUAAACACUACUUGCGUUGAAAGCCUUGGUUAAAAGGGAUCACAACCAACCAAGCACAUACACACGCAACUCCGUUCUACAACCGUCAGUGUGAGUGUGUGUGGUUCGUUUUUUUGCUGUGAGGUUUUGUGCGUGUACUUUGUUUUAUUGCAAAUGUAACGAUACUUUUCCGAGUUCUAUUUUCAUAAAGCUGGAAAAGCAGAUAAGAGCAAAAUUGUAAUCGUAAACAGUAUCAUCUAGAAAUUACGUCAAACAACAAGAGCGAGCAAAAAGAGUAGUAUCCCAAUAUCUAAAACCAUAAUUUUUAACCAUACGGUAAUAGUAGUAAGUUCGUGGAUGGAGCAUUUUAUAUAUCGACAGCAGGAAACUGAACAUGAAAAUGGCACUGGAACCUUAAAAAAACACACACAUCUUCAUCUAAUUCAGCCCAUCGAACGUACCAAGCACCAAGUUUGUGCGUAUCGACCCCAAUGAUCGUGUAGUUGACCUCACAUCUUUUGCAAAUGCUUUCGAUCAAAGAGAUUUCUUGUAUUAAAGCGUGUGUGAUGUGUUUCUUUUAUGUUUGUUUCCUUUUCACUUCAAUCACCUUCAUUAAAAAGGGGCUUCCCGUGGUUUUUAUCGUACGCUUUUAAACAUUCGAUAGAACAAAACAUAUUAUUACCCCUUCCUUGAUUACAAACAGAAAAUGGAAGACGCAUUUCAGCAAUUGAUGAAAAGAAAACGAAUCGACACUUUUUACAGCAUCAAUCACGGUAAUCUGACCAAUCGAUAUACACAAUUCAUUCGUGGAAAUAUGUCCAUCGUUCAAUAAAGUUAUUGGAACCCAGCAAAGUCAACCUAAAUAAAGAUAUGUAGCUAUUCAAAGCUAA